AUGCCUACCGUCCUCGGCCUCACAAACGAGAGCUACGACAAGCUCAAGGACAUGUCGACCCAGGACAUCGGUCCUGACAACAAAGGCCGCCUCUCCACCAUCCUGCAGCGCAACGUCGCCGCCGGCCGCGCCAUGGACACCCAGCUCUGGCGCGCCCUCUGCGACGAGCCCGCCACGGCCGUCGCCUACAUGGCCAAGGACUGCGUCAUUACCAGCCCGCUCGUCCCGCCCGCCGAUGACGACGAGGGCGGUGGCGACAAGUUCGCCAACGUCGUCGCCGGCAAGGAAAACGUCGAAAAGGCCUUGUCCAACAUGUCGCCCCUGCUGUCGUACAAGUUCCACGACAUCAAGGUCGUCCAGAUCGACCUCAUGGCCGUGGCGGCCGUCUACCGCGUGACCGUGUCGCGGCGGACGUCGGGCGAUGGCAAGGGCACGAACAAGCGGGACGAGAUUGAGGAUCUGGAGAUGGUGGCGCACUCGUCGUGGCGGCAGACGGCCGGCGCCGACUGGGAGCUGUGCGGCCAUUGCGCCGGGUUUGCCGAAUAA